AUGAAAAGCUCACCAGAUCUGGAGGAGGUAGCCUCACAAACACUCGAGGAGAACGUCGACCCGGGCCUGAUAAAACGAGUCAACAUCGGCAAAGGUGCUGACAGAGCUGCUGAGCUCAUUGGCGAUCAGCACGUUGAUGUUACAGAAGAAGAUGAUAGACGAAUCCGGCAUAAGACGGAUCUUCACAUCCUGACCAUUCUUACCUGGGUAUAUUUUCUCCAAAUUCUCGACAAAUCUACACUCGGCUAUGGGGCUAUCACGGGGAUGCGGGAGGACUGCAACCUGUCCAGCGCCCAGUAUUCGCUGGUCAGCUCAAUUGCACCCAUUGCCCAGCUUGCAUGGCAACCCUUCUCGUCCUGGCUUAUUGUCAGGGUGCCCCACCGCAUUCUCAUGCCGACCCUGUGCCUCGGUUGGGGCAUCGCGCAGACGUGCAUGGCUGCCUGUUCUGGCUAUGGAAGUCUCCUGGCCACACGGUUCCUGCUCGGUUUAUUCGAGGCCGGCUGCCUGCCCCUGUUCUCCGUCAUCACGUCGCAGUGGUACCGUCGCGCUGAGCAGCCCGUGCGCGUUGCCUGCUGGUACAGUACCAAUGGGGUGGCCACCAUCUUUGCCGCCGCUGUGUCUUACGGUCUCACCAAGGUCGAACACCCGGUGCUUCAGUCGUGGCGCAUCCUAUUCCUAUUUGUAGGCCUUCUUACCAUCGUCACGGCACCUAUAGUCUACUGGUUCCUUGAUAGCGAUGUGGCUGGGGCCCGCUUCCUGAACGACUUUGAGCGUCUCCAGGCUAUUGAGCGGCUGCGUGCUAAUCAGACGGGAACGGGAAGUCGCGAAUUCAAGUGGAAUCACGUACAAGAGGCGCUCCUGGAGACCAAGGCUUGGUUAUUCAUGGGAAUAGCCCUCACACUCAACAUCACGACAAUCGUCACAAACACCUUCGGACCUCUUCUUCUGGAAGGAAUAGGCAUGGAGAAGAGCUUGACUUCGCUGCUCAAUAUGCCAUUUGGCGCCCUACAGGUCAUAGUCAUCAUGCCCUCGGCGUAUCUCGCUCACCGCCUCAAGAUCAAGUCUGCACCGUUGGCAGCCCUCAUGUUGCCUGUCCUGGCCGGCAUUCUGAUGCUGUACCUGCUACCUCGCGACCGCACGGCGUCUCUGUUGGCGGCCUAUUAUUUACUAGCCUUCGGAUUCGCCGGUAACCCCAUCAUUGUGUCUUGGAUGGUGUCCAACACAGCUGGUACCACCAAGAAGUCGGUCGUCAUGUCGAUCUUCAACGCCGGUUCCUCGGCCGGUAACAUAAUCGGACCCCUCCUAUUCUCCACCGCGGACGCCCCCGAGUAUAAGCCUGGGCUACGUAAGACAAUGGGCACCACCUGCGCUCUGGUUGGCAUUGUCGGCUUACUUACCGUCAACCUUUGGGUCCUCAACAGGUUCCAGGAACAUAGAAGAGAGCAGAACGGGAAGCCCAGAAAAUUGCGUGAUCUCAGCAUGGAGAACCGCUACACGAGUGAGAGGCAGGAGACGGAGGACGGCGUACAGCUCGGCACCAAUGCGUUCAAGGACCUGACUGAUCGCGAGAAUGACGAGUUUGUGUAUAUAUACUAG